CCCGGCCAUUCUGUCUCAAAAAAAAAAAAUUCCUCGGGAACCUCAGGUCCCUCCCCAACUUUGACAGUGAGUACUGGGUGGGAGCCUGCACUGGGCAUCUGUGGCUGGAGGGUGACUGUAACAAGGGGCUGCAGCCCUCAGUGCUCUCCCAUCCCAAGGGAGGCCAGGAGGCUGCAGUGGGUCCCUCAGGUGGGACUGGAAGGCCAAGCUGGCCCUGGCACCUUGGGCAGCCUGACUCUAUACUGGGAACAGAAGCCACAGGCUCUACUUCUGUCCACGUGAGAUUGAUGCCGAGGGUCUUGCAGAACCGGCUGAUGUGCCGGGGUUCCAUUCCCCCAGGACAAGGACACUGACAUUGAUGGGGCAGAGCCCCGGAGGGAGGAGACCCUGGACACUCACCCCACCAAAGCUACCUCCUCGUGGAAGCUGUCUGCCAGGCCCUGCUAGUUCCCCACAGCCCUGGGUGAGCCCAGGGAAGACUGGGCUGCAGUGCCCCCAUUUGGAGGUGAAAUGGGAGUGGAAUGUAGUUGGGGUGGCCAGAGAGUAGGAGACAUCCUGAGUGUGAGAUGUGGGCGGGGCUGAACGCUCCAGGGUCUUGUAUCCCCAUAACGUCCACCUGGGAUGCCCUCUCCAAGUCUGAUUUCUCCUCGAAGCCCCUGCCCUGUCCUCCCGAGUCUGAGUCCUUGCUCCCACCCCAGCCCAACCUGGGCCCCAGUGGUCCCUGGGAAGCAGCUGUUUGCCCAGCAGUUGGGAGCUGUGCUGUAAGAAGUGGUUGGCCAGUGGGUGGGGUAAGGCAGUCACGCAGGGCCUCAGGCCCCUCCCUGGGACAGAUAAGGGCCCCUUUGGGUGCAGCCACCAGCAGAGUUGUUGGAGAACUGGGGAGACCCAGGGGGCUGGGCUCGUUCCCUCAAGGUCUCCCUAAAGGAGGCAGGGUGGACCUGGGUGCUACAGCAGGGAUGGGGCACUUGGUGCAGACGCCUGCAUGCAGGGUAGGGUGGGCAGUGCCACCUGGGGCCACAGAAAAACCUGGAGUGGGAGGUGGCCCUUCCCUCCUCAGGAAGGGUGGUGGAGGUUUCCAGAGGUUGGCUCAUGGGGACCCGAGGUGAGGUUUUAGGCAGGUGAGCACAGUUCAGGAACAGCCUCAGCCGCACUGCAGGGGCCUGGCCUCAGGGGUCUUCUGCAGGCAUUGGGCCUUAUGCCCUUUUAGUCUCUACCUAGGCUGGGUGUCUAAAGCAGAUGAGGUCAUCCUUGUAGGAUCCUUGGGGCCUGACCUGCCCCCUCCCACGUGUCUCUGCCUCAGUUUCUCUGAGCAUUGAGGCAGUGGCUGGUGCUGCCCUGUGACCAGGCCCAAAGGCUGAGUGCCCAGGGGUCCGGGGCCUUGCUGGCCAGAGAGAAUGGGUAGCCCAUUCUACCCCGAGCCUGUGCGGGCACAGGGCUGCCAACAUCUCCUUCCUUCCCCGCUUGGCCCACGUAGGACAGGGGGCGUGGGGGCCCCAGCAACUGGGACCUGCCUGAACCCCCCUCCCGCCUGAACCCCUGGCCAGUCUUGUGUCACACGCUUACUUCGUUUUGUCUUUAAAUCAGCCGUUUUACAUCGGAGUCCAUUUACUGGGAAAGGAGAUCUUGUAUCCUUGCCUCCCACCCGUGGAAAGAAGCCCGGCCGACAGGGCUUUGGGACGGGACCCGAGUUUAUUCCCAGAGACCCUCCCGCGGGUGGGCGAGCUCCGAGGUCUGGAGAAGAGGAGGCCCCGGCCCGCACCCUCUAGCACCUGCGUCCCCUUCAUCCCCUUCGUCCCGGCCACAGAUGCAGGUUCUCCCAAGAGGCGGGGGGUCCACUGGACGGGGCCUGAGCUACAACUUCACCCACCUGGACGGGUACCUGGACCUUCUCAGGGAGAAUCAGCUCCUCCCAGGGUUUGAGCUGAUGGGCAGUGCUUCGGGCCACUUCACCGACUUUGAGGACAAGCAGCAGGUGUUUGAGUGGAAGGACUUGGUCUCCAGCCUGGCCAGGAGAUACAUCGGUAGGUACGGACUGGCGCAUGUUUCCAAGUGGAACUUCGAGACGUGGAACGAGCCAGACCACCACGACUUUGACAACGUCUCCAUGACCCUGCAAGGCUUCCUGAACUACUACGAUGCCUGCUCGGAGGGUCUGCGCGCCGCCAGCCCCGCCCUGCGGCUGGGAGGCCCCGGCGACUCCUUCCACACCCCGCCGCGAUCCCCGCUGAGCUGGGGCCUCCUGCGCCACUGCCACGACGGUACCAACUUCUUCACUGGGGAGGCGGGCGCGCGGCUGGACUACAUCUCCCUCCACAGGAAGGUGCGCCCUGCCCCUCCGUCCGCCCCGGGGUUCUGCGCCCUCAGCCGCGGUGCCCCCGGCCGUGCUGACCCUGGUGGUGCUGAGGCGGCCCCGCCCGCAGGGUGCGCGCAGCUCCAUCUCCAUCCUGGAGCAGGAGAAGGCCGUCGCGCAGCAGAUCCGGCAGCUCUUCCCCAAGUUCGCGGACACCCCUAUCUACAACGACGAGGCGGACCCGCUGGUGGGCUGGUCCCUGCCGCAGCCGUGGAGGGCCGACGUGACCUACGCGGCCAUGGUGGUGAAGGUGGGCCGGCCCAACGCCCUGCGCGCCCCCCAGCCACCUUCCUCCUGGGACGGGACAGGCGAGCGGUGGCCGCGCCACGCGGUCCCAGCCGCCCUGGACACCCGCAGGUCAUCGCGCAGCAUCAGAACCUGCUACUGGCCAACACCAGUUCCGCCUUCCCCUACGCGCUUCUGAGCAACGACAACGCCUUCUUGAGCUACCACCCGCACCCCUUCGCGCAGCGCACGCUCACCGCGCGCUUCCAGGUCAACAACACCCGCCCGCCGCACGUGCAGCUGCUGCGCAAGCCGGUGCUCACCGCCAUGGGGCUGCUGGCGCUGCUGGAUGAGGAGCAGCUCUGGGCCGAGGUGUCGCGGGCCGGGACGGUCCUGGACAGCAACCACACGGUAGGAGUCCUGGCCAGCGCCCACCGCCCCCAGGGCCCGGCCGACGCCUGGCGUGCCGCGGUGCUGAUCUACGCGAGCGACGACACCCGCGCCCACCCCAACGGCAGCGUCGCGGUGACCCUGCGGCUGCGCGGGGUGCCCCCCGGCCCGGGCCUGGUCUACGUCACGCGCUACCUGGACAACCGGCUCUGUAGCCCGGACGGCGAGUGGCGGCGCCUGGGCCGGCCCGUCUUCCCUUCGGCUGAGCAGUUCCGGCGCAUGCGCGCGGCCGAGGACCCUGUGGCCGCGGCACCGCGCCCCUUACCCGCCGGCGGCCGCCUGACCCUGCGCCCCGCGCUGCGGCUGCCGUCGCUUUUGCUGGUGCACGUGUGCGCGCGCCCCGAGAAGCCGCCCGGGCAGGUCACGCGGCUCCGCGCCCUGCCCCUGACCCAAGGGCAGCUGGUUCUGGUCUGGUCGGAUGAACACGUGGGCUCCAAGUGCCUGUGGACAUACGAGAUCCAGUUCUCUCAGGACGGAAAGGCGUACACCCCGGUCAGCAGGAAGCCAUCGACCUUCAACCUCUUUGUGUUCAGCCCAGACACAGGUGCUGUCUCUGGCUCCUACCGAGUUCGAGCCCUGGACUACUGGGCCCGACCAGGCCCCUUCUCGAACCCUGUGCCGUACCUGGAGGUCCCUGCGCCAAGAGGGCCCCCACCCCCGGGCAGUCCAUGAGCCUGUGCUGAGCCCCAGUGGGCUGCACCUGCACCGGCAGUCAGCGAGCUGGGGCUGCACUGUGCCCACGCUGCCUCCCAUCAUCCCCUUUGCAAUGUAUUUUUAUAUUUUAUUAUUUUCUUUUAUAUCUUGGUACCAACGCCCCUUUUAAAGUGGCUUUGCACACA